GAGGAGGGGAAGUAGAGCGGUCCUCAAGAUGGCGGCGACCAUGAAGAAAGCGGCGGCGGAAGAUGUCAACGUUACGUUUGAAGAUCAACAGAAAAUCAACAAGUUUGCAAGAAACACCAGCAGAAUUACAGAACUGAAAGAGGAAAUUGAGGAUAAAAAGAAACAGCUUCAGAACCUGGAAGAUGCCUGUGAUGAUAUCAUGAUGCUAGACGAUGAUUCGCUGCUGAUACCAUAUCAAAUUGGAGACGUCUUCAUUAGCCACCCCCAAGAUGAAACUCAAGAGAUGUUGGGGGAGGCAAAGAAAAACUUGCAGGAAGAGAUUGGAGCUUUGGAGUCACAAGUAGAAUCCAUCCAGAGAGUAUUAUCAGACCUCAAAGUCCAGCUGUAUGCAAAGUUUGGCAACAAUAUAAAUCUUGAGGCGGAAGAUAAUUAAAUACCCUAGAAA